ACCCAGCAGUAGCUAAUGUGCUCGGGUGCUGGCAAUGAGCAGCUUUUGUUUUGGGCCUUCAGUAAACUAUGCGCCCCGGGGGAGUUAAUCGAAGCUAAUACAUAAUACUUUGGCCACAUUGUAAUCAUUUGGCUAACUGCUAUCUGCCUAAAAUCACCCCCAUUAUCCCAGUCCUUCCUAGGGCGUCAAAGCUAAGGUAACGUUAGCAUCAUCUCCUCGUCAUGCUAGCCGGCAGCGAUUAGCUAGUUAGCUCGAUGCUAGCUGCUUUAGUCAGUGUUGGCCUAAAUGGGUAGAAAAUUAAGAAAUUCCCCUUUUCAACUAACUACGUAUACAACGUGUGGUAUAGUUUGCUAAGAGGGAAUUAUUUCAAAAUGGACCUUAAUUUUUACUCGGACCUGUCGGACGGUUGUGCUCAAAAUGUUGAUUCGGAGUUUUUGGACACUCAAGCUUACGGUGGAUACUCUGAGGAAAAUAAGUUUCCAGAGGGCAGCGACAGUUAUCUGACUAUUAGCGGACCGGGCCACCCUUUUCUGUCCGCCGAGCAGACAUUUCAUACUCCCAGUCUCGGGGAUGAGGUUUUUGAGAUCCCUCCCAUCUCCCUUGACCCAGACCCAUCCCUGAGCAUCAGUGAUGCCGUGUCCCACUUUGAGCUGUCUGACGGGUCAGAUGGCACCGGGGGACCUCCAGGCUCCCGCAGCCUUGUUAGCAACCUCGUGGUGGAGGCCAACGACCCAUCCUUUGCCUCCACCUUUGUGAACACUGGGUCCCAGGGAUUGGAGCAGCUGAACCUCGGGGCCAUGGGCCAGGCUGGAGGGGGAGCCCUGCUGAGCUCCUCUGCAUUGGAACUGGGUAAUACCAGUGGGUCACAUUUUAGCAGUUCAUCCCCCAUGACCAUUGAUGUUCAACUUGGUGACAUUGGUCACGGUCUGUUGGGAAGCAGUCAGCUGACUACUAUUAACCAGUCGGAGCUAACAAUGGGUCUUGGGGGUGAAAACAUCGGGCAUCAUUCAGGGACACCUGAGCAGCCGCUGUCAGCAACGCCGUCUCCAGCUGGCUCCCUACAGGAUGAGGACAUGGAUGACUUUAAGAGGAGUGUGCUCGUAGACUCCCCCAUGUCUCUCUCCUCCUCCUCUGUCCUCUCCCACAUGUCCUCCAACCAAGCUCUCCUGUCUUCUGUGUCACCGGCGACGGCAAGGAGGGGCGGGGGGAAGCCAGCCACACUGGCCUCGGUGAGUGGGGCAGUGGGCGCAAAGAAAGGAAGGAAGAAGAAAGACCCCAAUGAGCCACAGAAGCCAGUUUCAGCGUAUGCCCUGUUCUUCAGAGACACCCAGGCUGCCAUCAAGGGCCAGAAUCCCAACGCGUCGUUUGGUGAGGUGUCGAAGAUUGUGGCCUCCAUGUGGGACAGCCUGGCUGAGGAACAGAAACAGGUGUAUAAGAGAAAGACAGAAGCAGCUAAAAAGGAGUAUUUAAAAGCACUGGCAGCUUAUAGAGCCAACCAGCUCUCACAGCCUGCCACUGAGGAGAUGGACACGGCCCCUUCACCACCUCCACCAGUGGUCAACCCGACUCCUGCAGCCCUCCCCCCCGCAGGUCAACAGGCCAUCCGCCCAGCUAUUAACAACCUUGAAGAGAACACCAUCACCAACAUUUGCGCCUCCAACAUCAUCCUGGAUGUCCCGGAGAUGACCACACGUUCCCGCACAGGGGCAAACAAAACCACCACUACACCAGCAGCAGUCCUCCCAGCCCAGCCCAUCACUAAGAUUAUAAUCCCGAAGCACAUGCUGCAGACGGGGGGCCAGGUGGUGACCGUCCUGCCCGGAGGGGUCCGCACUCUGCAGCCUGCGCUGGUGGUGUCGGGCGCCUCUCGUCAGCCACCACCACUGCAGCAGAUGCAGAAUGCGCCGCCUCCACCGCGACUCCAACAGAUGGCACCAGCACCUCCACCCUUGCAGGCCAAGCCCCGAGAGGGGAGCACCACACCGGGCCUCCCUGUGUCUGUCACGGCCACACCUCCACCUCCACUCCAGAUAAAAAUAGUUCCAGCCUCCUUACCAGGAAAAGAAGCCCUGCCAAUUAUUGUUCCCACGACGGCGGCAUCAGUGACUACAUCUGGCCAAUCUGCACCUGUUGUUGCAGUGCAGGUGGUGAAUUCUGCCGACACAUCAGGCAAUCCCGACGAGGAUGUAGUUGCAGAAGUGCUACCUUCAGAAGAGGAUGAGAUGGAGGUGAAUGAGUGCAGUGAGACCAGCUCUGUGAAGAGCGUGUGUGUGAGGGCCGGCUGUAACAACCCAGCAGUAGAGAGCGACGACUGGGACAAAGAAUACUGCAGCAACGAAUGCGUGGCCACUCACUGCAGAGAUAUAUUCAAGGCUUGGUGCUCCAUCAAGAAUCAGACCAUGGGGACAGUAAAAUAAAGAGCAGCUUCCACCAGUCACUUCAAAUGCUUGUUUUUAACUGGCGCUCAGUGUUACUAGAUGACCAGAUGACCAAUGGAGGACAGAAACGUCAAAAAUACAUUUCACUGAAGAAAACCAAGUGUUAUAGUUCUCACUAUUUUGUACAUGUACAGUACUGUAGGUUGGACAUGGUUGCUGUUCAGGAGUUACGACAGAAAUUCCCCGCUGGUAUGUUUGGCAUACAGACUAUUCUAACAACAGAAAUGUCCGCAGUGUGGAUAAUUAUGUAGUGUUACGUUUGAGUAUGUAUACAGCUUUUAUUCAGGCAUCAAGGGACUUUGAGGCAGCUAGAGAGAAGAAAAACAUCAGCACAAUUAAGCAAGAAAGAUGGCCAAGACGCCGGUGAUCUCUGAUUUUUUUUUUUUUUUUUACUAAAGCCCACACAGGUCGAUUUAUACAUGUUUACUGUAAAUUAUAUCUUUGUAAAAGGCUGAUACAGGCAAGCAAGGUCUGUUUCUCAAAGAUCUGUGCUCUGAUGAAGAUGAAGAUUUUAACAUUUUGACAGCAGUUUAAGAUUUCUGUCUGAUUUGAAAUCCAUGCUUUGGAUUUUUUUUUUGGUGUUUUCAUGUUGUGUCAAGAGAAACUACAAUUCCAACUCUAUCUGCAGUUAGCUGAAAAAACGCCUUAGUUUAAGUGGACAAACAUUUGUAUCACUGUAUACCUGCUUUUUGUACUGAGGAUAGUGGCCUUUCAAGGCUUAAUUUUGCCUUCAUUUUUUUUGUAAAACAUUCUGUUCAUUGUCAAUUGUUAAAAAAUGCUUGACUUUCAUGUUUUCUUAAUAAAUGAGCAAAAAAAUG